AUGACGCCAUUAUCAAAAAUAAGAUGUAAAAUUCAUGAUUUAUUUACUAGUCAUGUUGAUUAACAUGUUAAUCAUUAUAUACCAGACAUUUGAUUCACCUAUUUUAGGGUUCAACAUAUUUUUAGCGAAUGAAACAUUAUAUUCUGAAUCUAGCAUGUCUCAGAAUUUGCAUUCAAAUCCGGUGUUGUUACAAGACAUAAGGCGGUGUUGGGAUGGGAUCUAUUGACAGAUUUACUAGUAUUUUUAUGGUUAAUUACGGUAUGCAUUAUGUUGUGAUCGUGUAUGAACGUCCCCUGUGAGACGAUAACUAGACGGGGUCGAUAUAUGGGACAAUAUGCAGUACUUUGCCUAGAUAACUAGUAAUUUGGAGGGAGGAUGAAGUCGCCAGUCCCUUGGUCAAGAUAUCAAGGAAGCAAUGCCCAUGAGACACCUCGGUACAAGAUCAUAUCCAUGUCCUCCCACGGCGGGUUGAUAUUGUUCCGGGGGAUUCCCUCUGCUUACAUCGACCGAACAGGGCAUUUUGGAAUAUGGUCUAUUGAGAGAUUCUUCAUGAAUGCGGUGUUCUUGGCGUGUCGAAAAGGGUAUUUUGAUCGUACUAAUCUUGAUGAUGAGUCUACGAGUGUUUUCAUGGUCGGUCAGAGUCUGAGACUGUCAACUCAUCUUUACCGCGACAUUGCACAUUUAUCUUCAUCCGAUCUCCUUGUAACGAGUAGAGCAGCUGCGGUAGGACGCACUUCUAUGACCAAUUUAUACAUCCUGUCAUGCGCAGACACAAAAAUGGAGCUUGUCAGAUGCACAACUACUCUCGUCCACACUAGUAUUGACUCCAGACGCCCGACACCACUGCCAGAAUGGUUCGAAGACAAGUAUACAUCAAUUACAGAUACAAAUUUGGACUUUUUGAAAAAUGGUAUCAAAACUAAACGAGAAUAUCAAAACGUUCCUUAAGAAUGUUUCCACAUG